UUAAUUGGCAGAAUGAUGGCUAAAAAAAGCGUCAAUAUCAAAGAAAGAGUGCCUUUUAUUAACAACAGUAACCAGAAGUUACGUAAAGACAUUUAGCAGCACGAUACGUGUAUUUAGUUGUGUUAUUCAUUUGUAUGGGUUAAACUCCACUGAGAUUUUCCUGUCACCGAUACAACACCGCCCUCUAGUGGUGUAAAAUUACACAACAAUAACGUUUCAGAGGCGCCAGCCUACCCUGUCGUUGGAUGGAUGACUCCAAUCGUCUUCCCGGUUAAAGGAAGAGGAGCGGACCCACUUCCGAGCACAUGUAGCGGCGUCUGGGUCCAACAUGGCCAUGACAUUGCCAUCGUGCAACGGAGAGCGAAAAAAUUUUUUAUUAUCAGAGAUCCAUGGGUCGCACGAGUCCAGCUUAGUCCAGUCUGAGCUCUCCCUGAUCUACAGCAGCAGUCUGAACAGAGCUGCGGGGCGCAGACCGGGAGAACGGAGGACAUGCCUGGCCGGACCGAUGCAGACAUACCUGAAACCGGAGCCAUCUUCGCAUUUGGGAAGAGCAGCUUUGCUGACGAUGUCCCCAGUCAGUUCUGGUUGAAAAAUGACCGUCCAGUGGAGAUAUGCUGUGGCAAAGAGCACAGUGCUGUGAUCACAGAAAAUGGGAGGUUGCUCAUGUUUGGUGGUAAUACUGGUGGCCAACUGGGACUGAAGAUAAAAGCAGAUGCCAAAAAACCCACCUCUGUGAAAGCAUUGAAGCCUGAAAAGGUGAAGCUUGUGGCCUGUGGGAGAGAUCACACACUUGUCUGCACAUUUCAGCACAGCGUCUGUGGGGCUGGCAGGAACCAGAAUGGACAACUUGGCUCGGGCCACAAGAAGAACACUAAAUCCUUUCAGCUGCUGCGUCCGUUUUGUGAGUCGGCACCGGUCAAAAUGCUCGCUGCUGGCAGCAGCACUUCAGCUGCCUUAACAGAGGAAGGGAGGCUGUUCAUGUGGGGAGACAACUCCGUGGGUCAAAUUGGUUUAGGGGACCAGGCGUUUGCAGCAGAACCUAGAGAGCUGAAUGUGGGGCAGGCGGUGAUGUGGGUAUCUUGUGGGCAUCGCCACUCAGCGUUUGUGACAGCGCACGGUGGACUUUACACCUUUGGUGAAAGUGCAAAUGGACGACUCGGGGUCCAGGUGGGGCAGCUGGCUAAUCACAGAGUCCCCCAGCAAGUGCAAGGCAUUAUGGGAAGUGUCAUUCAGGUGUGCUGUGGAGGGGAGCACACUGUGGCACUAACAGAGGAGGACGUGUACACGUUUGGCAGAGGUCAGUACGGUCAGCUGGGCCACGGGACGUUUGAGUUCGAACUUCAUUUGCCAAAACCACUGGAGCGCUUCCACAACAGCAGCGCCAGACGCAUCGCCUGCGGAGAAAACCACACUGCUGUGAUUACGAAUGCUGGACUGCUCUACACAUUUGGUGAUGGCCGUUAUGGAAAACUGGGGUUACAGCAGGAGAACUUCAUCAACCAGUUCAGCCCAACACUGUGCACCCGUUUCCUGAAGUACAGCGUGCAAUCAGUGUCCUGCGGUGGUCACCACACUCUGGUUCUGGCUGUCCCCAGACCAGCAACACAGAGUCAGGGUGGAGAGUCACAGAAGGAUGCUGCAAUUACAGACUUCUUCUGGGAUUCAGACGACCCUGAAAACCUCUUCAAAGACUCUCCGAUGGACCCAGCUCCAGUCGUCCCUCUCUCAGCGCUGGCCGCUCGGGCUCGCCACAGAAAACAAAAAAGCUUUGUGGAGCUGUUUGGAGAGUUGCCUCAGAACCCCCCUCGUCCUAAUUCUGGCUUCCUCAGCACCUCCUGGCAGACAUCCAGAAAUAUCCCAAACCUGAAGCAGCUUCUAAAGGAUGCUCCCGCCCCCACCCACUCCCCCAAAGCGGCACCAGCAAGCCCGCUUUUAUCCCCCAGGUCUCAGUCCGUAUCCUCCAAGCCGUCAAGCCCACGUUCACAAUCAUCUCUCUCAUGUCGGAGUAGAGCCUCCACCGCCGUCUCCUCCAGGUCCAAAUCCAAAAGGCUGCCUUCUUCUGUAUCUUCGUCCACGUCUAGAGCUAAUCAUAACUCAAGUAGUCCUGCCUAUUCUGAAAAGGCUGAGAGGAGCGCAGCACGCAGAGCCUUAAAUGAGAAUCCGUCUGACGCGUUCCCACCUAACAAACCCUGCAGCCCUGACAGACCCCUCAUCCGUGUUUAUGAUAAUAACCUGGACCGGAAAAGACCUCAAACAAAGGGAGAAGCUCGAAGGGGACAGCUAAUCUCUCAAGAUGUGGAAGAUGAGAGAAACCAUGUGGACUUUUUGCCAUAUAUGGAAACCAGAACUGGGAGAGUUCAAAUUGCCAAAGAGCCGGAGGUUCAUGGAGACCAGAAGAGUGGCCAAAGCCCGCCCAAAGACCUCAAAGCAGAGGUUCUGGCAGGCUCCAACUCCAGAAAGGAAGAAGAGUUGUCACUGGAAAGCAGGAGGAAAAAAGCCCGAGUCACAUCUCAAGACCGUCAGAACGUUAACACCAGCAAAACCAAACCUCCAGAAGUAAGAGACGGCCAAAGCAAGCUCUAUAGGAUAAAAUCGACAAAACAUGACAAGAAAAGUGCAACAACACAACAACCUGUGUCGAUAACAAUAACCAAAGUAAGUAAAAAAGGUGAAAAAGAUCAACUGACAGAGCACUCUUUUAAGAAAGAACUAAAAAUGACUCCAAAAAGAAGGAACAUGUCAUCUUCUUCAGGCAAGAUCAGCUCAACUCUAAAGGUUACAGGUAAUAAGGAAACAAUCAGUGAAAACAUCUCAAAGGACGAUGCUGUGAUCCAGAAUGAAGGCACUGAUCUCAAAUCCGCAGAAGUGAAGAAGCAGCAGGGCAAAAGGCGACUCAAGUCCAAUCCAACAAAGAAAAAGGUCGAACGCACAUUGAGAAAUAUUCAAAACACAGCAGUGCCUAUAAAAUCACAAAAACUUGAAGCUGCAGAAAUUACUAAACCUCCUCAGGCUGAGAGUUCAAGUGUGAAAUCGACACCUGUGAAGGUGAUUAAACCCAAACCAGACAAAAAUCAAAGCAAGCAUGCAGAAAAACCUGCUGAAGGUAAAAGCAACAAAAAAGGUGACAAGGAUGGGUUAAUAUAUGCAAAAAGCACAAGAGGUGAAACUGAAGGCAGAACAUCAGAAAGACAGAAUUUAACUAAACAGAAGAAGAAAGAGAAGGAAGAAGAACCAAAAGUUAAACAGAGAAAAAGAGGGAAAGAAGACGGUGCUGAUGUGAACUCGGAACGUAACAGCAAAGCCAAACCCAGGAUUAAAACAACCCAGGCUUCCAGCCAGAUCUCUUCAGAUCAUGAUGCUUCUGAAGUCUCGAGCAGUGCACUUUCCUCACAAAGCCCCACAAGAACCAGGGCGCUUUCCGUCAGCAAAGCUAAAUCCUUGCAAUCCUCCGACCGUCGCCCCGCGGAAACACUUGCACCUGAAACUCAAAGGACAGAGAACGAAGACCUGCAGGAAGGAAAACAGACUUGGGGAGAGAUUUUGAGCGAUGCGGCGUUUCUUCUACCUGCUGCGGGGGUCGCAGGUGCAGCUAUCGGCCUCCUGAGCGAGGCGGUGACUCGUGUGGAGGCUUUCCGCGCCGACAGUGACAGAGCUGCCUCUCCAGAACCUGAAACACCGAAAGUCAAACAGUUCGCAAAGCAGAGCGCAACUAUGCACCCGUCCUUCUCUGCGACGUUGCAUUCUGAUUCAGAGGAAAGGGACGACAGCACACAGAAGGAUGCUCAAGUGAGUAUCUUAUCAGAUUUAGGAAACAACGCACAUGAGGAGGAAUUCAAUGAUCCAUCAGAGCAGGAACCGGCUGAACUGAUCAGGAAGGAAGAAACCUUUGAAAAUAAAGAAGGAGAAGAGGAAGGCUCUGAAGAGGACGAUGAUUCCAAGAUGACUGAAACAAACACCGGUGAAGAUGAAGAAGCGUUGGGAAGUGACGUGGAAAGCAAAAACGAGGAUGAGGAAGGAGAAAGCAGCGAGGCUGCAGGGGAGAGUGAACCUGGAGACGAUGAUGAGCGAGAUAGUGAGUCAGAAGGAGAGGAGAGCGAGGGAAAAACAAGCUCCAGCGUUCAGGAAGAAGGUGAAGAAAGUAACAAAAGUGACACAAAGGAUGCUGAAAGUGAGGAAGACGAGAGCAGCAUGGAAACUGGUGAAGGAGUGAGUCACUCUGAGGCGAGUGAGGCAGCCGAGGAGGACGAAGGUGGAAGUGAAGAGCAAAGUGAUGAUGAGGGUAAAGGAGAGGAAGAUAGUGAGGUGAGUGAGGAUGAAGAAGAAAAAAGCAGUGAAGGAUCCGAGAGAGAGCAUAGUGAGAGUGAAGAGGAGGAGGAGGAAGAAGAAAGUGAGGAAUCAAAGCAGUCUGAUGAAGAGCAGGAAACUGAGAAAGAGGAGAGUGGAGGAGAGGGGGAAGAAGUCAGUGAUGAAGAGGAGGAAGGAGAGCUUUCUUCAAGUGACGAAGAAGCUGAACAGGAGGCUACAGAGGAUGAGGAAGAGGAACAGGGGAGCACAGAGAAUGAGGAAGAUGAAGGAACGGAUGAAGAGAGCAAAAGUGAGGAGGAAGAGCAAAGCAUGGAAGAAGAUGAGGAAGGAAAAGAGGAAAGUAUCUCUGCUUCUGAGGAAGAGGAAGAAAGUGAAGAUGACCAUGAAGAAGAAUCAAGUGAGGAAAAAGGGAAGGAGAGUGAGGAAGAGGAAGAAAUAGAUGAGGAGGAGGAGGAGGAGGAGGAAGAAGGAGCAGAGGAAGAAGAGGAGGAAGAAGAACAAAUGGAUAAAGUUGAAGAGGAAGAGGAGGAGGAGGAACAAAUGGAAGAAAAUGAGGAAGAAGAGGAGGAAGAAGAACAAACGGAUAAAGUUGAAGAGGAAGAGGAGGAGGAAGAACAAAUGGAAGAAAAUGAGGAAGAAGAGGAGGACGAACAGGAGGAGGAAGAAGAACAAACAGAGAAAGGUGAAGUAGAAGAGGAAGAGGAGGAGGAGGAGGAAGAAGAACAAAUGGAAGACGAGGAGGAAGAAGAAGAGGGUGAAGAAGAAGAAGAAGAAGAAGAAGAUGAGGAAGAAGUGCAAGAGACGGCGAAGAAACAGAAGAAGAAAGAUAAAUCAACAAGCUCAAAGGGGGUGGAGCCACCGUCUUCUUCUUCUCUUUCAGGGAAACGGAGAGAAGCUCCUAGACCUGCUCCGAGGAGCAAACAGAGAGACGGAGAGGAGAAGAAACCAGAAGAAUCCAAGCAGUUCUGGAACGACGUUCUGCCUCAGUACCUGGACCUGCAGUGACUCCUACUGCCUCAUCUGCAGAUACUGUUGCCAUGGUGAUACAUACUGGUUUCUGAACUGGGGCUCCCAUGCCUUAAGGUGGACACUCAUCUGUGGCCAUCUUGGACUUUCACUUUCUAGAAGAGAGCCAGGAAAUAGUUAUUUUUUUUGUUUUGUUUGUUUUUUACUUUUUGAACAUGUUCUGUUGCUGCCUCCUGCUGGACAUCAGUAUUGUUGCACUUUAAUAAUGCGCAAAUACAUUGAGUCAAUAAUUACCCUCAUUGCGUGUCAAACUCAAUCAGUUGCAGUUGCUGGUGUUCCACUAGAUGACCCACAACCAGGAAAACAGUAAAAGCAAGGAAUACAUCACGCAAUGCAUCAGAUUGUGCCUGUUUGUAGUGCAUUGCUCAAGUUUUCUCUCAAUAAAUCACAAUAUCAUAGAAAAGUCAACAUAUUUCAGCAAUUUGUUUCAAAGGGGAAAACAUAAAACAUGAAUUUAUUGCACAUUAGCCUUUACUUCUGCAUAUUUUAAUGAUAAUUGAUCAGAUUUUCCUUCCACAUAACUUUCCAUGCUUAUGCUUGGACACAGAACAUUUUUAUUAUAUACUAUAUGAACAGAUAUUAAAAUACACUUACUAAUAUUUAUUCUAAUAUAUUUUGUUUCUAAAUCAAAACCCUUUUUGUUCUUAUGUAACGUUCCAAGAAAGUGAAUUUUGGGCUUUGGAUUAAUGUCUCCCUUGGUUAUGAAUCCAUAAUAUACUUGAAUUUCACUUUUUAAAUUAUAUUACUGAAGUAAGUGUACUUUUUAAAGAAAUUUAACUUAUUGAGAUGCACUUGUGAUGAAUAUUUGAUACUGUAGUCAGCACUAUGCUAUUUAAUGUAGGAUUGUCUCAAACGUAAUUCACUGCAAGAUGUUUCAGUAAGUGCAGUUGAAGUAAGUUCAGGUUAUUAGAGUGAGAGUUACUUUAUUGCUUUAUAUCCAAAAUAUUUGACAUAUGAAACACUAGUAUUGUUCCAAUUUUCUGCUGCUAAGAUUGCCACCUUUUCUUCUUUAUUUGCUGCUUUUACUGCUUGCUACUUCAAUUCAGUUAUAGUAAAGCAUCUAUAUAUUAAAGAAUGAUGUAAGAAAAACAAAUCAGAGCUGUGUGUUUAUAAUAAAGCUACAUUUCUGUAAAAGAACAAUAAAGCUGUUUUCUCUUG